AUGAAAGUAUAUGCUGGAAAAGAAGAAUUUACUACGGAAACAAGUGUUUCAUCUAAAAUGGUUAUGGAAUUGAUAGACCCAUAUUUAGAUUUUGGAAGGAUACUAAUUAUUGACAACUUGUAUACUAGUCUUGAAUUAGCAGAACAACUUGGACAACUAAAAACUUAUUGCAUUGGGACAUUAAGGUCAAAUAGAAAAUCAAACCCUAAGGAAGUUGUUAAUUAUAAAUUAAAAAAAGUCAACAGUUUUCAUUAA